CUAUUCUCCAGAGUGGCAAAUGGCUUGUCGCUCUCGUAGGUGGGUUCUACAUCACGCCAACGCCGGGACGCAUGCAUCGACAUCCAGACGUGCCCGUAUACCUUACAGGCCUGCAUGUUGCUUACCAUCCCGGCUCUGCCCUGUCCAGCGGCGCUGAGGGACUCGCCGUAAUAGGCCUCCCAUCUAGCAUCGCCCCCUUGCAACCGGGAAAAAAAGAGGGCGUCAUCGCCAAGUUGACAUCACCUCUCAUGCACUCCCCCCAAGAGCCCGUCGGCAUGCCCAGCUAUGAUAGCUCAUUCGCUGCGCUGCCGAUUUUCCGCCGCCAGGCCGACGGAACGGGAGCCUUCGCGCGAAAUCUUCAUGGGGAUUUCCAGUUGAUAGGCCAACACCAGCGGCGCAAAAUGCAAGUAGGGAAAAAGAGAGACAUAGCCCGUCUGCGUGAUGCACACCCCUGGGCUUAAACCUGUCUCGUUAUUCUCUCGAGAGAGGCCUCUUCCACCUGCCUGUAAACCUGAACCAGUUUCUGACUCUCUCAUCCGUGGCAUUAAAAAGUCGCGCAUGGUAACUUUUACGUCGCACCCAUUUUUUCUCGAGAAAGAAAAACACUACCUACAAUACCCACGAGUCAAGCACGCAUACACAAAACACUUACACACACACACACUUACGCACUAUGGCGCCCCGGUCGGGUAACCGCCACAGUCCGUACGAUGAUCCGUACGUCUUCGACGACCCCUAUCGCCGCUCAACCUCGCCUAUCAAAAGCGCCGCCUACGAGUAUGUCGGCACCGAUGAGCCUCCGACCCAAUCCAAAUCCCGUGCCUCGUCCCCGGAUUCUGCGCAUCACUGGCAUGCGAGCCUGCCAAAGAAAUAUUCUAGCACGGCUACCCCCCCGCGCCACUCUCGACGUAGCAGGGCGCAUAGUCCGUCACCGCCCGCGGACACGAGUAAGCGACCGACGUCUACUCGGACCUCUCGACGCGACUUAGCCUCCUCUCGGCCUACCGAGAAAGAAGCGACUCGGGCGAGACAACACAAGGAUCAAGACUCUAACAAGCGGCCGCCUCUGAAAAGCAGCAAAUCAUUUGGCGAGCAGGGUCUCAAGUUCCUCGGCGAAGCUGCUGCCCUGUACGCUGCAGCCACGGCAGGGUCGGCUAACCGAGGGCGGUCUCCGAGUCGGGAUCGUUCCCACCGCAGUUCCCACCGCGAUUCUAAGUCCGGGGGCCGCCAUCAUCAUCGCCGAUACUCCCCUAGCCCAUCUGUAUCGCCACCGAAAAGACGGUCAAGAGCUUAUAGCGAUGAACCCCCGCGGAGACACCGAAGCAGUAGAUCAGUUGCCAGCGAUGAUUCGGAUCACCAUCGCGAUCGUGGCCGGGAUCAUCGACGCUCGAGGGCCAGCGCCUAUACCCCGAGCCCGUCACGGUCCCCUUCGCGCCACCGCCAUAGUCGCCAUGCGAAAUCCGCAUCAUCCAGCCUUCAACCUAGUCGACGGGACGGACACUCGAAAAAGCCUGACGAAGCUACUGCGUUAAAAUGGCAGACAGCGGCACGGGCGGCGCUCGAAGCUGGCGGGCUGGCAGCUCUCAGACUCCGCAAGGAGCCUGGAAGUUGGACGGGUGAAAAGGGUGCCAAGAUAGCCACCGCUGCACUGGGCGCAGCAGCGAUCGAUGCCUUGAUCGACAAGGAUCCGAGGCGAACGAAGUCGAGCGGCGUCAAAGGGUUUGCCGAGACCGCGAUAACCGGACUCAUUGCUUCGAGGUUGACGGGUGUCAAAGGUUCCAGUUCGCACAGGUCAAGGUUUUGAUUUGUGCACGGAUGAUACAAUAUCUACCGAAACCGUCUUUCCUUUCUCAACAUCUCUCUGUCUUGUUUCAUUCCCUUGACGAAAGUAGGCCGGUAUUGUUACACUACACUGGUACAGCUGAUCUAGCUGCAGCGAUCGAGAGCCCAGUGUUAUAGCGGAAGAGCAUCGAGACGGGAACAGGGCGAGAAAAAGGGGGUACGGGUGGGUGGAUGGGCUGCCACCUCUUCUUACAAUGUCAUGACCCUAUAUGAAUGAAGAUAGAAGAUAGAAUACUCAUACGCGCCAAGGCACUCUGCCUGUAUUUGUGCACGACAUUCAACUCAACUAGAUUAGCUACUUCCGGUUUGGAAUGUAGCAUUUACCUACUUAUGAUCGGGAUGUUGUGUCUCCUAGCAUCCUAACACUCACUGUCUUGACUCGAGUAGCUCUUCGAUUCCGGGAGAUAACAAUCUGCGGCCGCUACCUAGGGUGCUUUACGUGUACAUAUAGAAUGUGUUAAUAAAUCAAGCAAG